CUUAGAUGCCUCAUCACCUCUCCUCAGUCUGUCCCCCGUUCAAUGCCCUAUUACUCCCUCCUCAAUCUUUCCUCUCCUACCCCAUUAACUUCUUCUAUCUCUGCACCCUUCUGCCUGUCCCUCCUUUCCUGCCCUUUAGCCUUCCUUUACUCUCUGCCCCCCUUCAAUGCCCAAUUACCUCCCCCCAGACUGUCCCUCUUCCCCUGCCCCACUGCCUCCCUCAGUUUCUGCCCCCUUUUCAGUCUCUUCUCCCCUGCUCCAUUACACCCCCCUCGUCUCUGUCCCCCAAUCUGUCCCUACUUCAAUGCCCCAAUACCUCCCCCCAGUUUCUUCUCCCCAGCCCCAUUACCUCCCCCAAAUCUGUCCUCCCUUUAAUGCCCUAUGAUCUCCCCCAGAAUGCCCCCCUUCAAUGCUCUAUUACCCCCUCCUCAGUCUUUCCUACCCGACCCCAUUAACUUCUAUCUCUGCCCUCUUCUCUCAGUCCCUCCUUUGCUGCCCAAUAGUCUCCCCCUAUUCUCUGCCCCCCCUUCAAUGCCAAAUUACCUCCCCUGUUCCCCUGCCUCCCUUAGUUUCUGCCUCCUUGUCAGUCUCCUCCCCUGCCCCAUUACCCACCCUGUAUUUGUCCCCCAAUCUGUCCCUCCUUCAAUGCCCCAUUAUCCCAGUCUCUGCCCCUGUCUGUCUCUCCUCCUCUGCCCAUUACCCCCAGUCUCUGCCCCUGUCUGUCUCUCCUCCUCUGCCCAUUACCCCCAGUCUCUGUGUCUGUCUCUCCUCCUCUGCCCAUUACUCUCCCUCCCCCCAGUCUCUGCCCCCUGUCCGUCCCUCCCCCCUCCAUGUCCCCAGUCCCAUGUCACUGGCAAGUCGUGUGACACUCCAGCCGGUCAGACAGAGCCUCCCGGGUCCCACCACAUGCCAUGUCCUCCACCCGAUCCUCCAACGACCGCAGCACCCACCCCAGCCAGGGGCAAGGGCACAAGAGACCCCGGCACGACGUGGGCAACAAGGUGACAGUGGUCCUGGGGGCUCAGUGGGGCGAUGAAGGUAAAGGGAAGGUGGUGGAUCUGCUGGCCACAGACGCUGACAUUAUCUGCAGGUGUCAGGUAAGUGCACAUACUGGAACUUACCCUCAGAAGGGACAUUAAACUCAAUGACUUUACUUUCCGAACUCAACUCUAGUUUGUUUCUUUCUUCGUCUACAAAUCUACAAAUUCCCCAGCAAUUACAAGGUUAAUGCUGUGAAAUAUUUUGUAUAUUCUUGCCUUCCUAAUGUAAUAAUAAUAAUAAUAAUAGUACUGUCUACUUCCUGGCUUAAAUGGAAAAAAAAAGCAUAAUAUAUCUCUGAUUGUUUAGGGAUAUUUGGUUUCAGCAGCUAAAGGGUUAACAGAGUGAGUGACAGCUUUACUUUCUGGCAUUCAAGGGUUAACAGAGUGAAAGCUUUACCAGCUGGUACUUAAGAGGUUAAUGUCAUGCCCAUGUUUUUUUCUAGGUCAGUUUUAUUUGUACUUCUCUUCCAUUGCCCUCUAGCUGUUGUUUCCAUAAAAGUGUCAGAUACUAUUUCCUUUUAUUUUAUCAUUGCUUAGAUUGGAUCUUAGUUCUAUGCCUUGUAUGUUUGCUGUUGUAUCAUUCCAUUUAAUCAUUGACUGGUAACAAGUAGCCAGUGAUAUGUCUUUGUGUGUUGAAGUUUGGAGUUAUUCUCCCUCUGCCAGACUGCUGGUUAUAUAAUAUCUCCUGGAGGGGGGGGUUUGUUUUUCCCACAUUCACUUCAGUGUUUGUCAUCAAAGAUAGUGCGACUAUCUCACACUCCAAAAGUAAAUGUGUUUAUCCAUUUGUGUCUAGAAAAACUAUAUUUUUACAGAAGAAAUGAAAUAGUGUAGAUAAGACCAAUAAUUUAUCAUAAAUGUUAGCCUCAGUCAGUGCAAAGCAAAGAUAGCUAAAGCCAGUGGUUGUUCAGCCCCAGAUAAAGACCCAAAUAUAAGUCACCUUGUCAGACCACCAGCUUUCCAGAACCCUCUCUUGAUAACCAGACCAGCAAAGGUUCUGGAUAGCUGGUGGUCUGGCAAGGUGAUCCAAGGUUAACCACCAUGGAUCCAAUAAGUCAGCUAGACCACCAAGGAUCUAGCACCCUCUCUUCACUACCAAACACACACAUUACACACAGCCUGCACACACACCACACAUGUGCGCAUAACCAGCAGUUGCUGUCUUGCACCAAUCAGCAUCUCCUCAUAGAGAUGUUUGAAUUCAAUGCGUUUCUAUAGGGAGAGUUCAGCAUGUUUGUGAUGAUCGUGAAGACGCGGAACACCGAUGGUGCAGAUAUUGCAGAUCCUCAACUUGGAUGACCCUCUAGUGGCUGUUUCGGAAAUGGCAUUCAGCAGCAAUGUUAACACAGCUGAGACUGCAGGGACCAUCUCUCUACAUUAAGCUGUAGUGGUUAUGGUGCUUAGAGUGCGACUUUAAUAGCUAUAUAUGAAAGUAUGUAGUGCUGCAUCUUGACAAAGCUUUCUGUUGUCUUCCAAUGCUAUGUUACCCCAAUAUGUCUCAUUAUUGAGGGUAUUGCAAGGUCUUUAGUCCCUCACUAAAAUGAGCAAUACCGAAUGUGUUUGAUACUGCAUUGGAGUGAAAGUGGCCACAAUGCGAGCUAUGAACAUGGUUCAAAAUAGCAGGUCUGCCAAAAUGGAUUUAUGGACCCCCUGCAGGAAGUAUCAGUGUGCAAACCCUGACAGAGCCAGCAGACCCCCUUGAUGGCUUGAGAUACUAUAUUAUGUGAGAUCACAUCCUGGCAUCUUAUAUCAUUACUUCAUAGCUGUAUGGUCUGUCCAAUUGUCAUUGAGGUGGUAAAAUUUUAGCAACCAGGACAAUGCCUUUCAUUAAAGGACCACUCUAGGCACCCAGACCACUUCAGCUUAAUGAAGUGGUCUGGGUGCCUGGUCCAGCUAGGAUUAAGCCAUUUUUUUUAUAAACAUAGCAGUUUCAGAGAAACUGCUAUGUUUAUAAUAGGGUUAAUCCAGCCCUCAACUCCUCUAGUGGCUGUCUCAUUGGGAGGAGAGGAGGAGGAUCGGAGGAGGAGAGUUCCCCGCCCGGCGCUGGAGAAAGGUAAGUUUUAACCCCUUUCCUCUCCCCAGAGCCCGGCGGGAGGGGGACCCUGAGGGUGGGGGCACCCUCAGGGCACUAUAGUGCCAGGAAAACGAGUAUGUUUUCCUGGCACUAUAGUAGUCCUUUAAAAAAAUAAUUUUAAAAAAAGCUAGGUAGGUUAGCAGGGAUGGAGUUUGUGACAUGCACAGGACGUGAGCUAGUGACAUAGGAGCAUUAUAUUCCAUCAUCGCCGUGACAUAGGAGGAGGAGCCCUAUCUAGCGCCGAGGGACCUUGGCGCUGGAUUCAAGCAAGUAAAUAAAAGGGUUUUAACAAUAUAUUAACAGGGGGCAGAGGCAGAGGGACACUAUAGUUUUAAGAAUACAGUUUUGCAUUCAUAACACUAAAGUAUUUCUUUGAACGCCAUUUUAGUUUGUGUCUGAAAUAUGUAAUAUUUUAUAGACACUGUACAGGAUGGGUCAGGAUCUUUCAAACUGGCAUAUUCUUUGAAAAUUAAUCUGUAGAUAAUUUAGAAAGAAUUAGAAAAUGUAGAAUAAAAAAGCCUCACUAGAAAGAUAGCUGUGUGAGAGUUUUUUUCAGACUACAUUUCUGAAAUCCCCUUUUCAAUUCAGCAUUGAGUGAAUAAGCCCCUAAACUAAGAGUAGAUAAAAAUGGUUCACACCUAGGGGGCGGGGCUUGCUACCCGACACGAGCGGAGGCCAUUUUCCACAGCUCCCAAGCCCUGCGGAUAAAAUCCAUUAAAAUCAGCCUUCCUCUGACCCAUCCUACCUCGCCACACGCACUAUCGGCAUCAGCACAACGAGCCACGUCUCCCGAUGCCUUUUUUCCAACCGCAGCGGCAGCAGAAACGGAGACGCAAAAUCGGGGCCUACUACACCCCAACGAGCCUGGGCCUCGAGGACCUGUUGCGUGGAUACCUGGCCGAGCACACAGACACCUCCUGCACCCCGGACCCAUCCACAGCUCUGACUCAUAUGCCGGCAAUGGGACGCAGAUCACAAAGGCCACAAGGUACGGCUGGGGGCAGGGAUAUUGGGACUAUGCUCCAAAAGCCUACCCAGCCCAAACCCAAAACAGCGGCAGAAACGCUGGAGGCUACCCAGGCACCUACCACACCCCAACAACGGCAAGAACCGCCGGAGCCCCCACAGACCCCCAAAACAGGAGCACAGGGGCCAGAACUUACUGGGCAGCACCAAAAUCAGCAGCCGCAUACCCGGGCUCCACAAGGCCCUGACUCCCAGGGACACCCAUGGGCAAUACAGCCUGAAAGGGUACACAAUCCACCACAAACCGGACCUGACGAACAAGGGCACUUACAAGCACCACUACAGCCACUGUUGGAGUCUCCGGAUGACUCUGCACCAACCACUAAACGUGACUUAAAGCUUCUUCUGGCAGACAUCCAUAAGCUCCUAGCAGCUGACUCAGCCCUUCUGAGGACCGAACUGCGCACGGUCACGGAAAAGGUGUACACCACGGAGGCAGAAGUAGUGAUGGUACAUGCUCACAUAAACACGAUGGAAGACACCAUCAAACAAAUCCAACAACAACAAACGUACCUGUCACUCAAAAUGUCAACCAUGGAAGAUCGACAAAGCCGCUCACACAUAAAAAUCAGGGGCAUCCCUGCAGAGAUAUCAGCCGAAGAGCUGCCGCAUUACACCAGACGCCUACUAGCUACAGUACUCCCACACACGGCAGUGAAGAAAAUGAUCAUAGAUGGGGUAUACCGCUUGCCUACCCCUCCCCACCUAAAGACCCCAACGGCCAGAGACGUCAUCCUCAGAUGUGUCACAGUACAAGAUAAACUACACAUAAUGGCUGGGCUGAAAGGCAAGACACCGCUGCUGUUUGAGAACUCUUCCCUGACGUUCUUCCAGGACCUAUCAAAGGCCACCCUCAUGUGGCGAAAAUCGUAUGGACCGCUCACCACACAACUCCGAGCAGCGGGAAUUGCAUACAAAUGGGGCACUAACGGGACUCUGGAGGUAUCCCAAGAAGGCACUACCCAUGUCCUAACCUCCGUGGAAGAAGCACCUAAUCUCCUAACCGCUUUGAAACUACCCAACCCGAUGCUUCCACCACGAAAAAGCCCGCAACUGGAAGUCCAGGAUCCCAGGAACAACGCCCAGUCGGAACCGAGACCCAGCGGGUCACAACACCCUGUACCAUGACUGAAGUGGACUGACACCGCAGGCUUUGCCACCAGGAAUGGUGCACACAUAUUUUGAUUUCAUUCCGUGACUUUAUUUACGUUUUAUACUAUUCAUGUUUUAUACUAUUUACUACUUACGUUUUACAAUAUUUACUAUUUAGCCUCCGCUAACAAUUCCCAAACACUACAGGCCAUUGCCACACCCACCCUCUCUACGCCACUGAGAGCCAACAUAUCACACGUCCAACCACAGAGCGCCUGACAAAUCACCCCCCCCCCCCGCAGCCCCCUUGGUUAGGGGUAAUCAACCCAAAGCACGCUAUCUACGACAAACAGCUCACCUCCACUAACGCAUGUAGACACCUAUACUCAGCACAACACAGCGAGUCCGACCAUGAAACAUGGAAUUGACGCAACCUUGCUACUACAUGACUCGAAAACCUACUCAAUCUUCACAUAGGGUCCCAUCACCACCAGACCUACUCUAGACAGGAGCUACUGAUUGAAAGCAAAGUCCUAUCCCAACACAAGAACGCACAAAACAUCAUAACACCUAAAUAAUGAAUACUGUUUUGUUUUAACAUGUUACUGUUGUUUAAAAUUAUUGCUAUUGCUUGACCCAAAACGGUGCAAACUAUGAACGGUACCGAACCUCAACUUUUUAACAAUCUGUACAAUCUAAAUGUUGCACCAAAAAUGAAAAAUAAAGAAUUUAAAAAAAAAAAAAUGGUUCACACCUCUAAACUCUGCAGUCUGCAGAUAGCCAUCUCUCCAUUCAUCCAUGGAACAGACUGAACUAAAAUAUCUAACUGACUUUCAUUAAUGUGAAAGUGAUUUGUGAAUUCUUCAAGGUCGUAAAUGUUUUCUUAAUUCUUCUAAUCUUAAUUUUCUUAUCAGCCAAAACUGGCUCUUUAAACAUGUUUAAUCUUCUGGUAUUAAUUCAAGAGAUGGAAGGGACAUUAUCAUGAUUUAAAUCUUGCAAUGGAACCCUACUUGAAAGGUUCAUCUGAUCUAAAAAUACACAGAGCUGAGUCUUCAAGAUGCUGUAAUUAAAGACGAGCUUGUGGUACAUGGCUUUUCAAACCCUCCAGUUUUGUAACAGGUGAUAGUUGUAGGCAAACUUAGCGUUAUAACAUAUACUAUAACUUUUUUUUAUUUAAAAGUAAACACACAAACACAAAAAAACUAAAUCUGAAAUAUAUUAUUUUAAUACAUUUUGCAUCACUCGCUGUUACAUCUUGUUACACUGAUCGACGACAGUCACUAGAGGUGGCCACAGGCAGCAAUAUAAACAGUGCCUUUUCUCAGAAAAUGCUGUGUUUACAAUGCUCAGCCCGCAGGGACAGGUUCUAUGCCCAAAACCUCUAUAUUAAGCUGUAGUGACUAUAGUGUCCCUUUAUUCCAACUUCCCAGAAUUGUUCAUCAGACAGAUGCAAUGCUGGCUUAAGGGCUACCUGUGCUUGUUCAAGUUAUUUUUUCGAAUAAACCAGUCCAAGGCAUGUGCUUAUCACUGCACACAGUGCAGUUAGCAUUACUGGGAGUAGGGCUGUAUUUAAACUGAUAGCAGCUACUUGCUAUAAAAUUAUAAUAAUUUUAUAAAGCACUCAUUCUAUAUUGAAUGCAGUUGCCCUCAUCUCAUGGUGAUCUUCCAGUCUGACAUAGUUUGUAGAAGACCUAGACCUUGGGGCUGGCAAAUUUGUGUUAUGAAAGAAAAUCUAUUAGCGUUGUAAAGACAAAUGCUAACCGUGUGAUGGGAAAAAAAAUCAAGUUUUAUUUGUCCUGGUUAGUUUUGCAUUGUACUCAUCACCUCUUUGUUGAUGGUUGUUGAUACUGCAGAGAGGCCUAGCAGCUAGGCAUGUCAAGAGUUGGGGCAUUGUGAAAAAUCACCCCAUUUUCUGAGUAUACAACCCUCCUGCAUGCUUAUUCUGCUCUAGUGGUUUUUUCUGAUGUCACCCAUUGGGUCUGCAUUGAUCCAUCAUACCCAGCUUGCCCUAAAUGAUAUUCCUGGAUAUUGUCCUUCCUUCCAGGGCUGUCAUUGUAUAACAGCAUUAGGGGCUGGUGCCCUUUGAAAUGACACUACAUCCAAAAUUAGACAUGUGCAGUUCGUUUCGUUCCAAAUGUACAUUCGUACGGAUUUCAUGCCAUUCGGACAUUCGGAUGCUUACAAAUGUCCGGAGUGCCGAAGUUCCGAAAAUGAUGAAGUUCGGUAGUUCGGAAGUGCCUGUUGUGCUUAAUCAUUAAAUUCAUGAAGUGUCAAUAUCAAAAAGCUAUAAUCAGUUACCCUAAGGUUUUUAAAGAUAUUGUUGGGCACCAAAACCUUAUUCGGGAUGAGUGAAUUGAGUAUUUGAGAAAGGGAAAAACACUGACAUCAAGUACUUGGAAAUAAUCAAUACAAACUUUAUUGACUAACAGAGACUUAAUUAAUAAUCAUUCAGCUUAAAAUCCAUCUUAAAGGAACAGCUCAAAGAAUCAGCUUAAUAAAAAACAGCUUAAUAAAAGAAAGCUUAAUACAUCACCAUAAGAGAGAAACUUGCUGCACUUGACUGAGAGAACUGGCAGUCAGGCUUGAAGGGGACCCUCUCUUACUGGGAAAUCAGCAGAACCAGCAAUACGCGUCGGUAGUACUCCAAUGAGUGCCAAAUUUUUUAGUCUUUUAUAAGAAACUUAAUAAUCAAAAGGGGUGAAUAGUCUGUACUUUUCCACCAAAUCUUCUUAUCAGUGCAGCCCAGCAAAGACCUUGCAGUCCCAAAACAAUUCCAUGCCAGAUCUGUACGGUUAAUAUCUCUGUUCUCAUAACUAUCUAAAAAGCUAGCUCUGUUCUCAUAAUAUUCUCGUGACUGUGUUUUGUGGUUAUUAACAUUUUCAGUACUGUUUACCGGCGCCAUCUUGACUAUCUAUAAUAGUUUGAUUUGCUCAAUAAUGAUAAAUCAAUCAUUCUUGAUUAAUAUGGAAUAUUAUUAUCACAGUGCCGAAGCUCCAAAGUGCCGAAGUGAUUCGGAUAUCUGAAAAGUGACAAAACAAGAGAGAGGGAGGGAAAAUGACGUGAAUGAUGACAGGGAUCUUGACCAAUAAGCUAAUUCCUUUUGUGCAAUGUAAUGCUUGCUUGCCCAAUCUGGUUUAACUAUUUCCUAUUUCUAACCCCACCCAGACUUUCUGUGACUGCCCAAUCACAGACUCCCAAUGCAGCUCAAUGAGACGUCUUAGCAAGGCAGGUGCUCAAGGCAAUUGCUGCAUCUUGAGUUUAGUUCCACUGAGCUAAACUACCAGAAGGUAACAGGAUUGGUUGUCUGAUUGACAGCCAGGGGGUAUAGUAUAACCAGGAUAAUUUAUUGAAGGAUAUCAAAACCACAUAGCAUUCCCUAAUUAUCCAAAAUAUCUUUCUUAAUAAAAUUCACAUACAUUUUCUGAACACUCAAUUAAAAUCAGUGGUAUACUAUACAGCAUAUUCUAAAGCAUGUUUAAUAAGCAUUAUCAAUCCCAAUACAUAAAUACAAGAACAAUCUUUCAUUUACUUUAUGAAAGUGAUAAUUUCUUCUGCAAAUCUGAAAAAAGAGGACACAACUCUUCACACAUGAAGCACUUCAGUAAACUAAACUGCUUUAGAUGUUUGACGUGUCCCUAUAGGUAUUUUAUGGUCAUGGCCUAAGACUGAAAGUGAUAAUUAGCCUGCAAGCUUUCCCUUCCUCCUGUUUAUUACGUAAUUUUAACUAUUCAGUUUGUAGGGGAUUUGUGAAGCUACAUAUAUGGGAUUUAGCAUCUGAACUAGGAUUGGAGGACUUACCGUAUAUACUCGAGUAUAAGCCGAGUUUUUCGGCACAUUUUUUGUGCUGAAAAACCCCAGCUCGGCUUAUACUCGAGUCAAUGUCUGUAUUGUGGCAAUUUACAUUGCCACAAUACAGACCAGGACCGCCGGGCUCAUUACAAGCCCGGCGGUCCUGUUGGGGGCUGACAGCGAGCUCUUACUUACCUUCCUGCAGCUCCUGUCAGCUCCCUCCUCCUCCAUGCAGCUCCUCGGUCAGCUCCGUUCUGCUCACAGUGUAAGUCUUGCGAGAGCCGCGGGUCUCGCGAGACUUACACUGUAAACAGAACGGAGCUGACCGAAAAGCUGCAUGGAGGAGGAGGGAGCUGACAGGAGCUGCAGGAAGGUAGUUAAGAGCUCGCUGCCAGCCCACCCCCCCCCACUGAACUGCCAAUGCCACUGGACCACCAGGGAUUUAAUAUUAUUUUAUUUUAAUAAUAAUAUAAUAAUAUUAUUAAAAUUAUAUUAUUAUUAUUUUAAUAUUUGCAUUAUUUAAAAAAAAAUGUUUUUUCUCCCCUCCCUGCUUGUUGCCUGGCCAGGGAGGGGGGGGGCAAAAAACAUUUUUAAAAAAAUUAUGCAAAUAUUAAAAUAAUAAUAAUAUAAUAAUAAAAUAAUAUUAUUAUUUUAAUAUUAUAUUAUUUUAUUAUUAUAUUAUUAUUUUAAUAUUUGAAUUAUUUUUAAAAAAAAUGUUUUUUUUGUCCCCCCUCCCUGAACAGGCAACAAGCAGGGAGGGGGGACAAUAAUGCAAAUAUUAAAAUAAUAAUAAUAUUAUUAAAAUAAUAAUAUAAUAAUAAUAUUAAAAUAAUAUAAUAAAAUUAAAAAAUUUAAAUAAAAAUGCCCUCCCCUCAUCCAGUUUACACACACUGCACAAACACACACACUGCCUUAUAUACACACUGCAUUAUAUACACACACACAACACACAAACACACACACACUGCAUUCAUUCUAUACACACACUGUAAAUAAAUAUUCAAUUAAUGUAAUUUUAUUGGGAUCUAAUUUAAUUUAUAAAUUUACCAGUAGCUGCUGCAUUUCCCACCCUAGGCUUAUACUCGAGUCAAUAAGUUUUCCCAGUUUUUUGUGGUAAAAUUAGGGGCCUCGGCUUAUAUUCGGGAUGGCUUAUACUCGAGUAUAUACGGUAAUUCAAAUUUUAGAAAAUAUCUCCAACUCAGUUGAUUAUUUAGUUUGGAUAUUUUUUUUUAACCUAAAAUUUCACUUCCCUUUUUAGAUGUCCACAAUCCUAGCCCAGUGAAUGAAGACAGAAUGCCUUUGAUCAGCGUUUGAGUCUCACUGUUUUUCUUGUGUAUGCAGAUUUGUCUUUUAUUUCCACAUACCACAUGUUCAUUUGUCUGUUAAGGGACAGCAUUAAAAUGGAAAAUUGUGCUGAUUUGACAAUUUUGGAAUAUAUUUUUUUUGUAAUAUAAAAUAACCUGCACAGAUUUGCGGAGGGUAUACAAAUCAUUUCCAGUUAGAAAAUGCUGUGAUGUUUUGUUUUUUUUUUAAACCAUUUUAACCAGCGAAUAUCACAUGAAACUUUAUUAUGCACACGUGCCAAGUCAGUAUUGCAUGCUGUCACUCUGACAUGGUGGACCAAUCCAAGGUGGGUGCAUCGCUAGAGCCCCUAGUGGGCUCCUGAAAAGCCCGGGUCUCAAAUGUGCAAAUUAUUUUUAUUAGCCCAGAGUGCCCUGUUCUGUGCCAGACCCCCUAACCACUGCCUUCAGCCCCACACUACGCCCCCUAAGCCACACUACAUCCCCUAAUCCCUCGCUACUGCUCCUACACCCCCCACUACUGCACCUAUCCCCACUACAUCUUCUUACCCAACUUCUGCUCCUAUCCCCCACUACUGCCCUUAACUACCCACAACUGCAUUUAUACCCCACUACUACUACCCUUAACCCACACUACAUCUUCUAACCCAGCACUUCCACCCCUAGCCCCCCACUACAUGCUUUAUACCUCACUACAGCUCCUAUUUCCCAAUACCCUUCCUAUCCCACACUACUGCCCUUAUACUCCACUACAGCCCCUGUGCCCCACUACAGCCUCUACCCCCCAUUAAAGCCCCAAUCCCCCACUACUGCCCCAAACUCCACACUUCAGCCCCAAACCCCUAUUACAGCCUCUAGCCUCCCACUACAGUCUCUAAUGGAGAGGUAGAGUAGUUGCCAUAGAAACAUGCAUAUCUGGACAUUUGUAAAAGGGAUGGGUUAAUAAGAUGACCACGCCCACCUGCGUCACCAAAAAGAAAAAAAAUCUGCACCCAGGUGUCUGUGACCCUAGGAUCGUCCCUGCUGUAAUGUGCAUAGACUGUCUGUCUGGGGUAAGAUGUAUCAACGGAGGCACUUAUGUGCUGGUUUACUUAUUGUUCCUCUGAAUACAUUCCUUCCUGCAUCAUUCAUUGGGAAUUGGACAUAAGCUACAAACAGAGACACAGUCAUUGUUUGAGGCCACAUAAAGUGAACCUGUAACUCCAGGUUACUCAGUGUUUCACAACAUUAAGUUGAAAAUGUUUUCAGAUUUCAGAGGUGUUGUAGUGUUAUGGAACUGCUACCUUCCUGUCCAGCAUCAUCAUCCCUGAUGGUCUGUGUGUGAUAUACUGUUUUCAUUUAUUUAUUGUUUUUUGUUUGUUAUUCAGAAUAGUUGCAUUGGGGUAUAAUGCAUUAACGACCUGUUUAUUUUGGCCAAAGAAAAGAAAUAGAAGAUCUUUCUUCUGUUUUUUCAUUUUAGGCUAUACCAUUGCCCGCCACAAAUUUUAUUACAGGUAGUGGGGUAGGUAGGCAUUAUUAUAUUUAUCAUAAGGUGGGUGCAGGUAAUGUGCUUUAGAUAGCUAAUAGCACCACUCUGAUGCAGAGAAAUCUUAAUUGGAGCCUUGGAUCUGAUCGUUUCUUGGCCCUAUAUCGGGCACAAAAGAAGAAGAGGACUCUUUUUUUAAUCAGGACCAGAGGGUUUGCUCUAUUAUGAAAUCUCUGAAUCCCUAAAUACCAUUAUGUCCCCAUAAUGCAUGGCUCCAUUUUCCUGCAUCUCUCUAUAUAUUUAUUUCCAUCCUAGGGUUCCAAAGACAUUGACAAACCACCCAACUUUCAGUCUCGUUCCUUCGUUUGAUUUCUGGAGAAUCGCUCAAUGCAAUGGCAUUAUUUUACCAUAAUAAACACUUUACUUUUAUAAACCCUCUCUCACUCCCAUCUACUGUACCCAAUAAAAUAACAGGAAGAUAUAAAAAUGUAGAAGUUUCGUAAAUAUUUUCAUAGUUGAACUGAAAACCAGUAUUGUUUGUAAUCUGAGAAUUGCUCACUCGAGUAUACGCUGUAAAAGAUUAACGCAAAAUUGUUUUAGAAUAGCAGACUUCCCUUCACCCACUAAGUUUGAAACAUCACACUAAGAGGGCCAAAUGUGUCGUCUAUUAAAAGCUCCAGACUGCUGAGGGUUUAAUGGAGGUCAGCCUUUGCACCACGCAAAAUAAAAAUACAGUGUGAGAAGGUCAGGUUUUGCAUUACACCAACCAUUAUAGAAUGGAAAGUUGACUGCUGCUUGACUUGUCUUGAGUAACGAACAUCCUUCCAGAAAAAUAACAUGACGAUGGGACAAAACAAAGAAAAUGUGGCUUUGUGUUUCGGGUGUGUUUAAUUAACUUUCAGAGUUGGAUACAAAAUGGUGGGAGGCAUUUUGUUGGAAGACAAGAAUGAAUGGAAAAGAAACACAAGACAGAGAGAUACUUGUACCGUAGAGUUAUUACGGAGAUUAGGUUUUAAGAAGUUUAUGAAAUUCACUGAUGGGAUCACAAGGGGACAUUUGUUCCACUAGAAGAAAAGUAAAGGGAAGAAUGUGCAAUCAUAUAGGGGAAGGAGAAAGAGGGGAGAAAUAAGUAUUUUAGUGGAGAGAGAAAUACAAUUUUGUGUCUCUUAAAGGACUACUAAAUGCACCCAGAUCGCUCAUCUAUAUCAAGUGGUCUGGGUGCAGUAGUUUUAACUCUGCAAUGUAAAGCAUUGCCGUUUAGUAGGUAUAGAAAUGUUUACAUUGCAGGGUCAAGUACACCUGUGAGAACCGAGUCAAUCUUGAGUCUCACUGUUAUCCACCAAUAGAAGCACAGUGCUGGCUUUAGUCCCCAAUGCUCUUCUGUGAGGACCACUGGGUUGGACUGUUAGAUGUGUUAGCAAUCCAGUCCCUGCAGCCAUUUGUCUUGCAGGAAAAAGACAAACGGCUUCAGGGACUGGACCUCCUGAAUCUAAAUAAAGAGGAAAACCUGAUAGCUUUAGGAAUACAGAUUUGCAUUUCUAAUGCUAUAGUGUCACUUUAAAUGUAUUUUGUCUGUGAGUUGCUUGCUACAACGUAUUUCCAUUGUAUUAUUAUUAUUUUAUUAUUCAUAUAGCGCCAGCAAACUCCGUAGCGCUGUACAAUGGAUGGACUAACAGACACGUAAUUGUAACCAAACAAAUGGAUGCACAGGAACACAGGGCUUGAGGCCCUGCUCAAUGAGCUUACAUGCUAGAGGGAGUGGGGUAUAGUGACACACAGGGUAUAAGUAGGGGUAACGAAGUAGGUUGCUAGAAAAGUAUUCACUGAGAACUUAGGUUAUUUUUGACAGUUGCAGGAGUCAUGGGGGAGGGGGUAAUGAAAAUCCUCUAACAGUUUAAAUUAUAUGCAUUCCUGAAGAAGUGUGUUUUCAAAGAUUUUUUGAAUGAGUGGAGACUGGGUGAAAGUGUUAACGGAUAAGGGAAGGGAAUUCCACAGAAAAGCUGCAGCCCUGGAGAACAUCAGAUGUGGGAGUACGGACAGAGGAUAGGCGUAGGUCUUCGGCAGAGCGCAGGGGCCUUGAUGGGACAUACUUGUGUAUUAGGGAGGAUUGGUAGGUUGGAGCAGCAUUAUGUAUAAUUGUAAAGCACUGAAGAAUAUUUGGCACUAUAUAAAUGCUCAUAAUAACCUGUAAACAGGGGAUUUUGUAAAGAAGGGGGUCUUUUGGGGAUAAUUUGGGCAGCAAUUUUUUAAAUAUGCUUUGCAUUAAUCUUCAAGAAGUGAUUCCUGUAGGCACUGUAUUUUCAAACACCCUCCUUACCUAGCUGGGCACCACAGAAAAUAAAAAGUUGUGGGCAGAAUGUGAAUGCUGGGAGGUAGUAUGUGAAUCUUAUAUGUGAAUGCUGUGUGCAGGUAGUGAAUAUAGUGUGCAGGGCUUCUGUACUAUGCGCAGAUUUCACUGAAUAAUGUGUGCAUGGUGUGAUCUCUGUGUGCAUGGUGUGAAUGCUUUGUGCAGGGUGUGAAUGCUGUGUGCAGAGUGUGAAUGCUCUGUGCAUGAUGUGAAUGCUUUGUGCAGGGUGUGAAUGCUUUGUGCAGGGUGUGAAUGCUUUGUGCAUGGUGUGAAUGUUGUGUGCAUGGUGUGAAUGCUGUGUGCAGGGUGUGAAUACUUUGUGCAGGGUGUAAAUGCUGUGUGCAGGGUGUAAAUGCUGUGUGCAGGGUGGGAAUGCUUUGUGCAGAGUGUGAAUGCUUUGUGCAGGGUGUGAAUGUUGUGUGCAGGGUGUGAAUACUUUGUGCAGAGUGGGAAUGCUUUGUGCAGGGUGUGAAUGUUGUGUGCAGGGCAUUAGAGCAGUGUGCAGGAUACUGUGUGAUUGCUGUGUGCAGAGUUUGAGUGCAAGGAGUAAAUUCAGAGUACAGGAUGUGAAUGCAAUACGUUACAUCUGAACAUUGCUUGUACGGUGUGAAUGCUGUGUACAUGAAAAGCACACAGGAUGAGUGCAGAGUGUCAGUAUACUGCAGAAUUAGUAUUCAAGCUAAAAAGUAAUGAGAAAAAAAAAGUAAAUAAACAUUUUUUGCAGUUUUAUGUUGGUUUUCUCUGACAGAGGAGCUGACACCUAGAUUUAUAGAGUUAAAAGGUGACAACGACGAUGGGUGUUUAUAAACCAGGUGUGAAAAAGUUAACUGCAGUAAAUUCAUUUGGUUCACUCUCUCAAAUGGUUUGCUUAAAAAGAGAUGCUGACAGGUGCUCUCUGAGCAAAACCACAAACCAUCAACUCCCAGUCUGCCUUACCACAGAUAAGGAUAGUGACGCAUACUAGUCGAUAACUCUGAGGUCCAUCUGUGCUAAAGAAACAAGUGGAAAUACCAUUGUAUGUUGAUGGUUAUUGCCAUUUCUCAAUUUGUCUAAUUUAGGACCCUUUCUCUUCUGACACAUUCUUGGUGAGAAUUAUUGUUGUGGAUCAGAAAUGUUGAUCUUUGUUAUAUUCAGAGGAAGCCCAAAUUGUUGUUACAAGUGCACUUGGAGAAGCGAGAAUUAGACACCAGACACCUGUUGGUAUUCAAAAUAAGCCUCUGACGUUUUAUUCAUCAGCGGAGUUUUAUACAUUAAAAAGUAAGUGCUUAUGUGCAAAUACUCUUAGAACAGUAAUAGGAAGGGAGUACAGAUAAGACAUAGGGAUGAACGUCAUGUACACAUAACAAAUAAGUUCCAAGGUAAGAAAGAACAAAAAGAUUAGAGAAGAGACAUCUUAGGUGGGGGCUCUCUGCUCUCGGAACUUAGACAUAUAUGGUCUUAGGUGUUGUUUAAGCAUCAUGCAUUUCCUGAGUCCAAGUUAGCCAAUUUUAAUAUAGGAUAUCAUUAUAUGACACCUAUAAGCUUGAGCUUUGGAAUCAAGAUAAAUUCUAUCACAAUCCCCUCUUUUGAUCCAAGGGUCACCCAAAUGUCCAAGGUAUAUCCAGGCCUGCUAGCCAAAGCCUGUGGGACUUUCAUUUAUUGCUUCACCACGGUUCCCUUGGACUGAGAGACCGCCAGAAACAGCGGAGGAGAGUUUCUUCAUUUGUUAGGCGAGGUAACAUCAUAAAACCCUUCCAAAGUCGGAGCUGGAAUGUAAGUUAAGGUACGACCAAUAGUAGGUUUGCUUUUACAUAGAGAGGUUAGUAGACAUGAAAAAAAUCUAAAGGUUAGAAAAAUGGCCAUAAUGACAAAUACAGCUAAUAGCAAAAAGUACAACAUUUUCUUAAUAAGUAAAGUCAACCAUGUUCCUAGCCCAAAUGUCCAAUCCCAACCCCAAAGAAGCCAGUAUCCUGUUUGAUAUCCUGUACUAAGUCAUGUAAAUCUUUUAUAUGUUUAUGGAUCAUAGUGCCAUGGUCAGAUAGGUUAAAACAGCACAUACCUUCAAUAGCUUCACAGCCUAAGUCAUGUUUCAUUAGUAAGUAGUCAAUGACUGCUCUAUUCUCAAGGAUUGCCUUCUUAUUUGCCUGGUUGUCCAUAAGUAGCUCUUCUAGGGCCUGUGAAGUGGCAUUUAAACCUUUUGCAAGGGAACAGGCUACAGCAUUAACUACUCGGGUAUUAUACAGUGCUAAGCCUGGGACUCCUACCAAGGUGUACACUAGGGCAGAGUAUUCGGCUUUAGAUAAGAGAGUGAUUUCAGGGUUACAGUCUGCAUUAAGGGUGUUUUUACCUUCUCUCCUGUCUCUCAGCAGUUUGUGUAGCUGGGUGGUUUUAGUGAUCAGGUCAAAUUUGGAAAACAUGGUCAUGGUUAGGCGAGAGAUUGCAUAGGGACCUCCUGUAAUGUUACCUGGGACAUAAGCAUAAGUAAUAUUUCCACAGGAGAAAGUCCAUCCUUUCGGAAGAUAGACAUUGUAGUGGUAACUCAUAACUUGGUGAGUUUUGGUACAAUUCAUAGUGGUGCUCAGGGCUCUACAAUUCGUGGUAUUUUUCCACCAUCUGGGGCAAAACAGGGAUUCAGUAUUAGGGUCUCUUGAACAAUUACAUGAAAAAGACCAACAUAGUUCAGCGCCUGUCACAUUAAUUGUCUUCAGGGCUAGGGGAGGCUUGCCUACGAGGGGUUGAAGGCAUAAGAAUAUAGUUGUAGUGAUUUUUGGGGUCUAUGGGUAUGUAGGUACUUCCUCAACAGUGAGAUGGGGGUAGGGACAGCUAUAAGACAAGAUUCUAUGGCGUUUUCAGUACUGAGGAGAGGGUUGAGGCAAAAGGAGGUUAAAUUAAAAGCCUUUGCUAUCUGCAACCAUAUAUUUUUCUGCCAUGCAUUAUUAUUUUCUGGUUUCAAGUCAGAGUAGCAUAUCCGAACACAGCAUAAAAUGGUAAAGGAUAAGAACAGCUUCACGUCGGUGGAUCAGUCGGAGUGACUUGUUUACAGUCACUGGUGUGUAUCCACAUGGCUUUUCCUUCUAGUUUCACUGAGGUAGCCGUAGUCAAGAGCACUUGGAAUGGACCGUCAAAGCGUGGUUCAAGUCCUUUCCUCACAUGCCUCUUUAUCACCACCCAAUCACCAGGUUGCAGUUUGUGGGUCGCAGAAUCAGAGUCUGGAUCUGGAAUAGAAUCAAAGACUUGUUUAUUCACCCUGCCUAAUCUUUGGUGUAGGGCCUGAACAUAGGCAGUCAAACUACCAUGCUGCAUCUGGAGGGUUUGGGGAAAAUAGAGGCCUGUCUUUGGGGCACAUCCAAACAGGAUCUCAAACGUGGAUAGGCCAUGUCUGGAAUUGGGGGUGAAUCUCAUAGAAAAGAGUGCUGGGGGAAGGCAUUCAGUCCAGGGCUUCCCUGUGUCUUGCAUUGCUUUUGCAAUCUUGUUCUUUAAGGUGCCAUUUGCCCUUUCUACUUUCCCACUACUCUGGGGGUGAUAGGGGGUGUGGAAGGUCUGACUGAUCCCUAAGGCUUUCAUAAUUUCUUGCAUUAUUUCCCCAGUGAAAUGGCUACCUCGGUCACUUUCAAUCACUUCAGGUACUCCAUAUCUACAUACCAGUUCCUUCAGAAGCUUACUUGCUGUGACCUUCGUUGUGGAUUUCGACACUGGGUAGGCCUCAGGCCAACCUUAAAAGAGAUCAAUGCACACCAACACAUAUUCAUACACUCCUACCUUAGGUAGUUGAAUAUAGUCUAUCUGCAGUCUUUGAAACGGGUAAAGUGGCCUUGGUGUGUGCUUACUUGGUGUUUUGACAGCUUGUCCUGGAUUGUUUCUAGCACAAAUCAUGCAAGCUUGAGUGUGUUUAGCUGCUACAACAGUAAAUCCAGGUGCUACCCAAUGGGUGUUUACUAUGCUGUUCAUGUGCAUCUUGGAUAGAUGUGUAGGUCCAUGGGCAAUCUGGGCCAUCGUGGGGUACAAAACUCGUGGCAAACACAGUCAAAAUCUGCAUUAGAUAAUGGAGAAUCAAUUACAUGCAAAAAAGCUGCUGUUUCUUGUGCCAUUAGUGCUGCACAAUCAUGGGGUACCUGGGCAUCAGCUAACUCAUCUGGUGAAAGUGAAUUUACAAAAAGAUCAGAAGUACAAGUACCAUUCCCACUAUCUCCACUCCCCUCUUUUAAAUCCAGGGGAAGUAAUGUAGAUGGAUUUAACACCAUACACCUUUUAAGAGUAACAUUAGGUGGCAUAAGCAAGGCACAUUGCAUUCUGAGAUGCCUUGCAGUAUGUGUUUUGGUUGAACUUGUGAGAGUAUGCUGUUGAUAUCAUGCGGUGUGUAUAUGGUCACCGGGUUAUCUAAGACAAUAUCAGUGGCUUUGUCCAGGAGGGCAGUAACAGCCGCCACUGCCCUAACGCAUGAGGGGGCACCCCUGGCAACAGGGUCCAAUCUGGUGGAGUAGUAUGCUAUUGGUCUUUGUUUACCACCAUGGUCCUGUGUAAGGACAGAUGUAGCAUAACCUGAUUGCUCAGUACAGAACAGGUUAAAAUUAUUUCUGUAAUCUGGGAGACCCAGUGCCGGAGCUGACGUUACCAGUAACUUAAGGGUAUAGAAGGCAUUUUCUGCCGCAUGGGUUAAUUUAAAUGGUUUGUUUUCGUUGUCAAGACAAUCAUAGAGUGGUUGCAUGUAGAUAGCUACAGAACGCAGGCAAGGACGGCAGUAAGAUAUCAAACCGAGAAAUGUGCGGAGCUGGGCUAGGCUGCGGGGGGGUUUAAUAUUUUGAACUGCAGUCUUUCUACUCUCCGUGAAAUGUUUAAUGCCCUGGGAAAUGCAAUGUCCUAGGAAAAUAACUUUCUCUACACAAGCCUGCAGUUUCGUUUUUGUCGCUUUACAGCCUGCUUCUGCCAAGAAUUUUAGCAAGGAAAGAGUGUUUACAAUACAAGAUUCCAUAUUAUCGCAACAUAGGAGUAGGCCAUCGAUAUACUGCAAUAAAAUUACGUUAUUUGGCCUUUGCCAUUCUUCAAGAAUCUGGGCCAUAGCCAUGCUGUACAUAGUGGGUGAGUUUUGUGCGCCCUGUGGAAAUACUGUCCAAGUGUACUGCUUGUGUUUAUGUGUAAAUGCAAAUAAAAACUGACUGUCGGGAUCCAGGGGGACACUGAAAAAUGCAUUUGCCAAGUCAAUAACAGUAAAUACCUUACAGGAAGGUGGUAUUUGUGCCAACAAGGUGUGUGGGUUGGGAACAUUAGGGGCAAUCAGUUCAGUUACAGCAUUAAUUGCCCUCAAAUCAUGUACCAUACGGUAGACCACAGGUUUCCCUUACUCUUGCUUUUUCUUAAUUGGGUACAAUGGUGUGUUACAAGGGGAGGUGGUCUGGACAACUACCCCUGCCUGCAGAAACUCUUGCACAGAUUGCGAAAUAGCAUCUUCCUGUGCUGGGCUUAGGGGGUAUUGUUUUUGAUAGGGAGGUUUGGCUCCGGGCAGGAGAUUCACUUUGACUGGGGGCACAGAGAGUCUGCCUGUAUCUGUCUUCCCUGUAGCCCAUAAGGAAUCAGGGACUGAGGACAAGUCAAUGGUAGGUUCUGGCACAUGGCUGGGCAUAGUGAGAGUUGCCAGAACAUUUGAAAGAGAUAUAAUUUGUUUGUCCUCUAAAGGCACAGACAACGUUACUUUUCCAGUGGGGCUAUACUGGAUAUUUGCACUAAGAGCAGACAGUAUAUCACUACCUAGUAGAUUAGCAGGGGCAUGACAAGUAGCCUUGUUACAAGGGCAGUAGAGUCGUGUAGCUUCAAUUUCAGCUUGUGGGUAAGGGGAAUGUCAUUUUCGAUACCAUCCACCCCUACACAUGAUAAUACAUCAUUAGAUUUCUCAUAUGGGAACACAUAUUUUUACUGUAACAUUGAUUUAGCAGCGCCAGUGUCCAACAGGAAAGGGAUUAUUCGGUCCCCGGGCAGUGUAACAUUAAUAAUGGGUGAGGGUCCUGCAGAGUCAGGGAUAUUUAUAAUAUGUAGGGACACUGGUUUGCCAAUUUCCUAUUGGGGGGGUGGGGGGGGUGGAGGUGGUUGGCUGUCAUGGGAGUUAUCAUUAGAAUCCUGGGGUUUUGUAUUUUUAGGAGGACACUUGCAGUUACGUUUUUAAGUCGUUCUUUACCCAGACAGACUGGUAGGACGUGGAUCUGAGAGCAAAAUUGAUAAAGGUAGAAAAAAAGUUUUUCUUACCUUGCUGCAGCUGAUUUCACUGUCAGAGGGACGUCCACCUGUACGCUAAUGUCCGAGUCUCCCGACCGUCAGAUCCCGGGGUCACGGCACCAAAUUGUUGUGGAUCAGAAAUGUUGAUCUUUGUUAUAUUCAGAGGAAGCCCAAAUUGUUGUUACAAGUGCACUUGGAGAAGCGAGAAUUAGACACCAGACACCUGUUGGUAUUCAAAAUAAGCCUCUGACGUUUUAUUCAUCAGCGGAGUUUUAUACAUUAAAAAGUAAGUGCUUACGUGCAAAUACUCUUAGAACAGUAAUAGGAAGGGAGUACAGAUAAGACAUAGGGAUGAACGUCAUGUACACAUAACAAAUAAGUUCCAAGGUAAGAAAGAACAAAAAGAUUAGAGAAGAGACAUCUUAGGUGGAGGCUCUCUGCUCCCCGAACUAGACAUAUAUGGUCUUAAGUGUUGUGUUAAGCAUCAAGCAUUUCCUGAGUCCACGUUAGCCAAUUUUAAUAUAGGAUAUCAUUAUAUGACACCUAUAAGCUUGAGCCUUGGAAUCAAGAUAAAUUCUAUCACGUUAUUAUUAAAAAAAAUAUAUAUGGGACACGUCAUAAGUAUGCAUAUCAUUCUUGCACAGGGGCCAUUUCUAUCUCACUACAAUGGUUUAUUGUUUUAACACAUAGACCCUAAGUUACUUUAGAAGCUUGUAUCUCCAGCUCUGUAAAUUGAACUUUAAUCACUUACAGAAAGCUUCUGCGGGCUGUACCUGGUUAUUAACGGAGCAGGAGAUAAAAAAUUCUAAAUUAAACAGAAUAUAAAAUAAAGGAAGUUUAGACCUUAGUUCUCUCUUUACAGGAAGUGUUUAGGAAGGCUGUGUAAGUCACAUGCAGGGAGGUGUAACUAGGGCUGCAUAAACAAAGUCAUUUGGACACCACAUGCAAAUGUUACACCUAUAAUUUUAUCUAAAUGUUUGUUGGUUUUGGAGCAUGAACUAACCAUGCACUCACAUUAACACGACUAAGUAACAACUGUUCAUCAUUAUUGUUCCCCAUUAAAGGACCACUAUAGUGCCAGGAAAACAUACUCAUUUUCCUGGCACUAUAGUGCCCUGAGGGUGCCCCCCACCCCACACCCCACAUCAGCGCUGGGCGGGGAGCUCUCUUCCUCCGAUCCUCCUCUUCUCCUCCCCGUCGGCUGAAUGCGCACGCAUUCAGCUGGUCACAUAGGAAAGCAUUCAUAAUGCUUUCCUAUGGACGCUGGCGUGCUCUCACUGUGAAAAUCACAGUGAGAAGCACGCAAGUGCCUCUAGUGGCUGGCAAUGAGACAGCCGCUAGAGGAAAUAGGGGAAGGCUUAACCCAUUAUAAACAUAGCAGUUUCUCUGAAACUGCUAUGUUUAUUAAAAAAUGGGUUAACCCUAGCUGGACCUGGCACCCAGACCACUUCAUUAAGCUGAAGUGGUCUGGGUGCCUAGAGUGGUCCUUUAAUGAAAAAAAACUAGGUUUAAAAACAAUUUUCAAAAGUUUACUGUUAUUGAUAUAAAUAAUCUCAAAUAAAAAUUGACAGUAAAAUCCAAUCUGCUAGAACAAAAAUCCCCAGUCACUAAAAACUGUACAGUUUAUGUGUGUGAUGCAACACACCCCACAUACUUCAUAUUAAAUGGAUCAAAGUUUGGCCAUAUUUAAGAUCCCUAGUACAGUAACCUUUCAGCAGAUUGAAACAUGGACGGUGCAAUGGAAAUUUGAGGCAUGUUAAAUCAUGUAAAGUGUUGGCAUUUUAUCAAGUCUUCUCAUCGUCAUCUAGAGCAGGGGUUCCCAACCCAGUCAUCAUGUACCCCCUGCCAGUCAAGGAUUUAGGGAUUACCCAAUUGUGUCUAAGGUGUUUUUAGAAAAAAAAACAACACUUUAGACACAACAGGUAAUCCCUCACUUCUGGACUGGGUUGGGAAUCCCUGAUCUAGACUAAUUCGGCAAGUCACAUUAACCUGAUCCAGUCUGUAUUAUGAAAUCAACUACAAAUGGUUGCAUCAGGUGGUGAUGGGAUUACCCCAGAUUCUGUAUGGGCCAGCACUCCAGUCAAGAUUUUAUUAGAGGGUUGUCUGUAACUGGCAAUUACAAGAGAAGGCUGUUAAAUGCUGUGCAAUUCAGAGGGACAGGAUUAUCAUUCUGAUCAAUGGGAAACAGUCAUAGAAACCUAUGGAAUAUUGCCUUCUUGACUUUAGAAGUUGGCAAGUGGAUCCAUCUCCAAUCAGCACUUCAUUAAUGCUUGGUUGCCAUAGGGUAAUUUUAUGACUUUAUAAUUUACAAACAUAAUCUACAUAAAACUAAAUAACCAGGUGCUUAGCCAGGCUGUAAUACCAUGUACACUAUGCAUACUAUGUAACAGCCCUGCCUCUUGCCAAAGAUACGGCUAAAAUGCCAAAAGAAUAUUCCUUCCCAGUGCCCAAAACGGCAUGGCCUAGGUGAGGGGUGAUAGGAAUUAGCCAACCACCUCUUUGGUUAGAAUUAAGUCAGCUAUUAAAAACAAAUAUACCAUAAGAAAUUUAAAGGGGUAAUUUUAAAGUUCCCUGACAUCAUCCCCAGUUUAAUAUAAAACUGCUUUGAAACGUUAUUUUAUAAACCGGAUCUCUUCCUAACUCCUUAAUAUGGCUGUGUUGUAAAUGCAGAGUUCACAAUUUCACAUUAUCAAUGUCAAUGUCAGCCAAGCUGGGUGACAUUGAUGGCUAAUACACAAAGUGGCACUAGAACAAAAUGUGUGAAGUCCCUUGGUGUGUUUUAUUUUCACAUUUGCAGCUCCCUGCAUUGUAUUAAUCAAUCUCCUGGAAUAAUCUAUCAUUGGAUGUGUUCGUUCCUGCUCUUGCUAAUGUCUUUGUCAUUCAGUUACCAUUUUUACUCUGCGUCUUUGACUACAAAUUCCGGUUGGAUACAAUUUACAUUGAUCAUAGCGGAAGUGUUAAUUUAAUGUUCCUAACCCAUUCUAUAUUCAACCAGGGGACGGUGCACAAAUACAAAUACAGGUUUAUAUUUUUAUAUGGCUACUUAAAAUCACCUAUCCCAGCAAGCAAAUAUGGGGAUUCAGUUCCACCAUGUGGCCAUAUUGUGCUAAACGCACCACUACUUCACAGUACCCAAAUAUCUGUGGGUCCUACACUAAUUCCAACGUGGGAGAUAAUAUAAAUAGUAUUAGUGCUAAAUUAACUAAAUUAAUCUCUGUAAGAGCACUGUGAUUAUAUAGAAUGCAAAAUGAAUGUGAUCAACGCACAAAAUGCUGUGUCAAAACUAAACCAUUUAAGUGAUAGUUCUUCGAUGUACAUACUCACAAUGCAUAGCAUGUAUCUGCUCUAUACCAGAUGUAUUUGACAUAACCAGAGAGCUGUAGUGAUUAUGUUGCUUUGAGUGUCCUAUUACAUUAAAUGCAAUUUUCCUCGUAAAAAAAUCUUUAUUAUUGUUCUCAUUGUUAUAUGCCGACAUACUCAUCUAUACAACAAUUUUUAAAACGCUUAUUUUUCUUUGCAUCUAGGGAGGAAAUAAUGCUGGACACACGGUCGUGGUCGAAGGAAAGGAAUAUGACUUCCAUCUCUUCCCCAGUGGAAUUAUUAAUCCUAAAGCCAUUUCCUUAAUCGGUAAAUUUUGGUUUUAUCUCCUGUUUUCAUUAUAAUCAUUGACAGGGCCCGGAAAGAUAAUUAUCAAAGUAAGAAAACAAUGAAAAUGAUUAUAUUUGAAAAAAAAACAAAACACAUAUUUGUGACGAUUAUUUUGGUACAAAUAAUUAUACAACAUUGUGAGCACAAUUGUUAUUUUCCAAAUUAAUAUUUGCAUUGAGUGUGUUUGUUUUAGCAUUUAAUGUUUACCUGUUAGGUAGGUGUGUUAAUGAAUGAUCAAUACUGCACGGAUCGCAAUGCUGUAUGUAUCUGGUUAUGAAAAUCAAUGAGUUGAUUUGCUGGAGGUAUCAGUUCUGGCUAUAAUUGUUCUUUAAGAGGUUGUGUCAUACAAAAAGGGUUAACACUGAGUUACAUGUCACUUGUGAGAACAGAACUACUGAAUGAAAUUAAAAUAUUAUAGAACAGGAGUGCCCAAUUGGAAGAUCCCUGUAUGAAUUCUGAAAGCAGUAAAGGCCUCGCUUAUACUAUAGUGACACCAGGUGGAAACCAGUGUUAAUUUUGGCAGCAAAUUUCAAUUUAGUUUUAGUCCUAGUAUUUUGACUAAAAAAACAUUUUAUUUUUAUUUGCAUUUUAGUCAUCUGAAUUGUUUUAGGUUUAGUUGACUAAAAUUUGACUAAAAUUGUUAGUUGACAAAAUUAACGCUGGUGGAAACAUGUAGAACGAGACACUUAUAGAAAAAAGAACACUGUGGAAUUUUAUGAAUGUUGCCUUAAACUGGAAUAAACUCAUUAAUGUAAGUGUUUUGUAGUUUUCACGUUUAUUUUUUAUUUAGGUUAUUAAAAUACAAUGAAGUGAAAGAUCCAGCUUCUCCGUACUGUCUACUAACUUUCUGUGACUGUCCAAUCACAUAUUUCCAAUGCAGCUCAAUGAGAAGUCUAUGAAAGGCAGGUGCUCUGGGCAAUUGUUGCCUCUUGAGUUUAGCUCCACUGAGCUAAACAAAGCACGUGAUGGCUUUCUGGGUAGUUCAUUCAUUUGUGACGUUUAACUACGCUUCUUCUAAAACUUGGAUGGAAAUGUAGUUUACAAAUAUCUGCAUUGUCAAAUGUUAAGGGUGGGGAAUAAAAAACGAUGAGGCUACUGGAAUAAUUCUCACCCAAAAUGUGACAAAAUUGCAAUUUUCAAUAUCUUGAACAUACUUUUUUUUUAAGUUGAAAAUUAUUUUGCAGCUAACGAUCUUGUGAUUAAAAUGUUAUAUUUACUGGGGUAUUCAAAUUAUGAACCUCAUCAGUUAGCUCUGUACAAAAAAUCGACCACAAGUGUCUUGCAAAGGUUCAUGGGAUUUGCAGCUCUGAAGCAGGGGGAAUUCUGAAAAGGAGGGAUUUAAACAGUCUACAAAAAUUUUAAAACCCUACAAACUCUCUAAUUAAUUCACUGACUACCUAAUACAAGUGUAUAAAUGUAAAAUGUAUUAAUGCACCACUGACAUGCUUUGCAGCAAUGUUACGGGAAUAAUAAAAAUACAUCAGACUUAACACUAUACAGCGGAACAUUAAGUACGAGAGACUUACAGCAACUCUACAGGUUAUGCCCUUAUUCUCGAUAGUACAAAUUGUACCGUAGAAUUUAGCACUUUGGUGAGUGUUAUGUUUUAUAACCCUCUUACCUGAACAUAGAGGCUGUUUAGUUAAUGGUUUUUUACUGUAAAAAGCACAGGUUUUAUCUAGCGUUAGUAGGGAAUCUGUAAAACUGUCUGAUACUAAAUUCCCCAAAUGACUGUAGAUCUGUGUUUUCUGAUGGCGAAUGUAGCCAGACCAUAUUUCCCCUGCGUCAAAUUAAUCUAUUUUUUUUUUUCUGGUGAUACAGGUUUUAUAUAUUUUGUAAUCUAUAACCCUUAUGGGAUUUUAACGUAGCUUUAUACUGAACAAAUAUAUUGCUCGGCUAUUUUAAGUGCAUAUAUUUUCAAAACAGAACUGCGAUCGCUAAUAGCUACUGCGGAUGUUAAGGGUAAUACAAUGUAUGAUCCUUUUACAGUUUGCUAAAGAUGCAAGCAAUCCUGUUUGACACUGAAGUAAAGUCAAUAUUUUUUAAUCUUUUUAUGCGUUUUCUGCAGGAAAUGGGGUAGUCAUACAUCUUCCAGGUUUGUUUGAAGAAGCGGAAAAAAAUGAAAAGAAAGGUAUGACUAAAUGGAAUGGUUAGUGGUAGUUGGAGUCCAUCAAAAUAUUAAAUAUUAAAGAAUGCAUAAACAGGGCUUAUUCACAAAUGAGUGAAUUGCUGUGAAUUUAAAAUGUUGGCCGUAACAGAUGAAUUGGAAACAUUUUCUACAUCGAGCGUUCUGGCCUGAAAUUUGUUGGAAAUUAAUUUUUUUGUUCCCAACGUAUUGGUAUAUUUCCCGACAAAUACACAUUUUACUUUAUAUUUCUUACUGUUAAUGCCUUUCAUCAUUUCUACAUGUCUCUAUAAUCCCCAAAUUUGAAUUAUUUUACCCUAAUACAAGCUUCAGUGUAUUGUAUUGCAUUGUAUUUUUAUAUAUGUAAUUUUUUUUAUAUUACAAUUACUGUUUAUAAUUAGAGAUGAGUGGACACCUGGAUGUUCGUGUUCUCUGGGUUCGGCCGAACUUCGGCAAAAAGUUUGAGUUCGGACUCGAACUUGACCCGAACUUGACCCCAAACCCAAACCCCAUUGAAGUCAAUGGGGACCUGACCUUUUGGGCACUAAAAUGGCUCUAAAAAAGUCCUGGAAAGGGCUAGAGGGCUGCAAAAAGAAGUAAAAUGGGGGUAAGAGUAGGACAAGUGCCCUUUAAACAAAUGUGGAUAGGGAAAUAACUUAAAAUAGCCUAAAAUACAUCAAAAGUAAAAAUAAUAAUCUUGAACUAGGAGGAGGAGGUGGAUGUGGAGUAGGAGGUUGAGGAGGCGGUGACCGUGGCGGUGUAGGUGGAAGCGGCGGUUGAGGCGGAGGAGGUAGCCAACACUGUUUUUUAUUUGUUUGUUUUGUUUGUUUGUUUUUUUAAAUUGGGGUAGCCCCCAAAAUAUUGGGACAUAUAAAAAAAGAAAACAAAGAAUAAGUGCACUUGAGUAUAACAAUGGCUGGGUGAGGCCGGUAUAAAGAUCUAUUCUGCAGGGUACAGACAAGUCUGGUGGGAUCCAUGCCUGGUUCAUUUUAAUAAAUGUGAGCUUGUCCACGUUGGCUGUGGACAGGCGGCUGCGCUUGUCUGUGAUAACGCCCCCUGCCGUGCUAAACACACGUUCAGACAAUACACAGGCUGCAGGGCAGGCCAGCACCUCCAAGGCAUAAAGGGCAAGCUCAGGCCAUGUGCCCAAUUUGGAGACCCAGAAGUUGAAUGUGGCAGACUCAUCAGUCAGUACGUGUAGGCGUGUGCACACUUACUGUUCCACCAUGUUGCUGAAAUGCUGCAUCCUGCUAAGACGUUCCAUAUCAGCUGGUGGUGCUGGUUGUUGUGGCGUGCUGACAAAGCUUUUCCACAUUCCGGCCAUGCUAACCCUGCCUUCUGAGGUGCUGGCAGUGCCCCAGCUGUGUUGGCGAACCUCUUCCUCCUCCUCUGCCUUCGUCUUGUGCUUCCACUGAGCCCCCGGUGUCAGUUGGGAAUGCCCUCAGCAGCCCGUCUACCAGCGUGCGCUUAUAGUCGGGCAUCUUCCGAUCACGCUCCAGUGAGGGAAUUAAGGACGGCAUGUUGUCCUUGUAACGGGGAUCCAGCAGGGUGGCCACCCAGUAAUCAGCACAAGUUAGAAUGUGGACAACUCGGCAGUCGUUGUGCAGGCACUGCAGAAUGUAGUCGCUCAUGUGUGCCAGGCUGCGGGAGGUCCUCUGUGGGAGGUUAUCGUCUGUGUCCUCCGUAUCCCUCCAGCCAUGCUCCAGUGAUGCCCACGAGCUGCGUUGGGUGCCACCCUGCUGUGAACAUGGUUCCUCCUCCUCCUCAUGAAACGUGCCCUGGCUGGACAAUUGUGUACCAGGCCUAUGCUGGUGCAGGAACCCACCCUCCGAGCCACUUGUGAAUGACUGGCCUGAUAACCGUGGAAAUUACCACUCUUCCUCCUCCUCUUCCUCCUGUGCCACAUCCUCUUCCAUCAUCACCCGAAGCAUUUUUUCAAGGAGACAUAGAAGUGGGAUAGUAAGGCUGAGAACGGAGUCAUCAGCACUAGCCAUGUUGGUGGAGCACUCGAAACAGCGCAACAUGGCACACAGGUCUCGCAUGGAGACCCACUCAUUGGUGGUGAAGUGGUGCUGUUCCGCAGAGCGACUGACCCAUGCGUGCUGCAGUUGAAACUCCACUAUCGCCUGCUGCUGCUCGCACAGUCUCUCCAGCAUGUGCAAGGUGGAGUUCCACCUUGUGGGCACGUCGCAUAUGAGGCAUAUGAGGCGGUGAGCGGGAAGGCCGAAGUUAUGCUGCAGCACAGACAGGCGAGCAGCAGCAGGGUGAGAACGCUGAAAGUGCGAACAGACGGCCCGCACUUUCUGCAGCAGCUCUGAUAUAUCUGGGUAGUUUUUCAGGAAUUUCUGCACCACCAAAUUCAGCACAUGUGCCAGGCAAGGGAUGUGUGUCAAACCGGCCCAGAGCUGCUACGAGAUUUCGCCCAUUAUCGCACACCACCAUGCCGGGCUUGAGGCUCAGUGGCAACAACCACUCAUCGGUCUGUUGUUCCAUGCCCGUCCACAGCUCCUGCGCAGUGUGGGGUUUUUCCCCCAAAACAUAUGAGUUUUAAAACAGCCUGCUGUCGUUUCCCCCUGGCUGUGUUGAAGUUGGUGGUGAAGGUGUUACGCUGACCGGAUGAGGAGGUGGUAGAGGAGGAGGAAGCAGAGAAGGAGGCAACAGGAGGCAAAGAGAAAUGCCCUGCAAUCCUCGGUGGCGGAAGGACAUGCACCAAACUGCUAUCCACCUCAGGCCCAGCCACCACAUUUGCCCAGUGUGCAGUUAGGGAGAUAUAGCGUCCCUGCCCGUAACUACUGGUCCACGUAUUAGUGGUUAUGUGGACCUUGCCACAGAUGGCAUUGCGCAGUGCACACCUGAUUUUGUCCGCCAAUUGGUUGUGCAGGGAAGGGAUGGCUCGCCUGGAAAAGUAGUGGCGGCUGGGAACCACAUACUGUGGGACAGCCACCGCCAUCAGGUUUUUAAAACUGUCCCUCUCCACCAGACUGAAUGACAGCAUUUUAAAGGCCAGGAAUUUUGAAAUGCUGGCAUUCAGGGCCAGGGAUCGUGGGUGGGUAGAGGGGUACUUUCUCUUUCUCUCCAGUGUUUGGGAGAUGGACAGCUGAACGCUUCCAUGGGACAGUGUGGAGAUGCUCGGGGACGGUGGCGGAUGUAGAGGCGUUGCUGCCACAUCCUCUGUUUGCGAGGUGGCAGGUGCCACUGUCACUCCAGAGGUGGAGGAAAAGGCAGAGACGGCAGCAGAAGAGGAAGCAGGAGGAGCAUGAGACCUUUCUUGGUUUUUGAGGUGCUUACUCCACUGCAGCUCGUGCUUUGCAUGUAGGUGCCUGGUCAUGCAGGUUGUGCUCAGGUUUAGAACGUUUAUGCCUCGCUUCAGGCACUGAUUGCACAGCAUGCAAACCACUCGUGUCUUGUCGUCAGCACAUUGUCUGAAGAACUGCCAUGCCCGGGAACUCCUUGGAGCUGGCUUUGGUGUGCUCGGUCCCUGGGUGCGGUGGACAGUAGCAGGCAUACUGUCUUGGGGACGGCCGCUCCGCUUUUGCACCCUGCUCCCUCUUAUGCUGUGCUGGUGCCUCUAUGCGACCACCACCUCUUCCUCCAAACUGGACACGUCACUCGCAUGACCUUGAUUCCAUGUGGGGCACCUGUGUUUCGUCAUCAUCAGAGACGUGCUGCGGUGGUCCUUGCAUGUCCACAUCCUCACACAUAAGUGGUUGUGCAUCAGUGCACUCAAUCCCUUCCACUUCUGGGGCAGGGCUAGGUGGAUGGCCCACAGAAACCUCGCCAGCAGAUUCAUCAAAAAGCAUAAGAGACUGCUGCAUGACUUGUGGCUCAGACUGACUGGCUGAUUUGCAAGGGGCUGAGGUGAAAGACAGAUGGCCAUGGGCUGCAGGUGCCAACUCUGAGCUUUCAGCAGGGGACCGGGUGGGAGACAAUGUGAAGGAACUGGAGGCACUGUCAGCCAUCCAAUCUACUAUCGCCUGUACUUGUUCUGGCCUCACCGUUCGUAGAGCGGCAUUAGGGCCUACCAAAUAACGCUGAAGGUUCUGUCGCCUACUCGCACCUGAGGAAGGUGUUUCACUUGUGCGUGUAGCUGGCACAGAUGGACCACGUACUCUCCCUGCAGCAGGAGCUCCACCAACACCAGCAGCACCACAACCAGGGCCACGUCCCUUAUUUGACGCUCUCCUCAUUCUUUGCGUUCACCCACCAAACUAACAGAUGGUUUAAAUUUGAAUUUUUCAAAGUGCGAUGUAACCACAGUACUUGACGGUUCUAUUUGACUCUCAGAUAUGAAGUGCACCGCAGGCCGCAAAUGUACUAUUUAGCACCAAAAAAAAUAGAAUUUUUCAAAGUGCGAUGUAACCACAGUAUUUGACGGUUCUGUUUGACUCUCAGAUAUGAAGUGCACCGCAGGCCGCAAAUGUACUAUUUAGCACCAAAAAAAUUAGAAUUUUUCAAAGUGCGGUGUAACCACAGUAUUUGACGGUUCUAUUUGACUCUCAGAUAUGAAGUGCACCGCAGGCCGCUAAUGUACUAUUUAGCACCAAAAAAAUUAGAAUUUUUCAAAGUGCGAUGUAACCACAGUAUUUGACGGUUCUAUUUGAUUCUCAGAUAUGAAGUGUAUGCCACAAAUUUACUUUUUAGCACAAAAAAAUUUGAAUAUUUCAAAGUGCGAUGUAACCACAGUAUUUGACGGUUCUAUUUAACUCUCAGAUAUGAAGUGCACGCCCCAAAUUUACUUUUUAGCAUCGAAAAAAUUUGAAUUUGUCAAACUGCAAUGUCACAGCAGUAUUUAAAAAUGCCUAGAUGUGGCCCACUGAGCUACCAGAACAGGAUUAAAGCAAUGUGCCUGGCACACAUGCAGUUGCAAGUGCCCACCUAACAAACAGACUGAUUGCUUAUUUCUCUGUGGCACUGGGCUCAGGGCAGGGUGCAAAAAUGUAGUAUAGCACCCACAAAAAUAAUCGCUGUAGUUUGCAGAUUCAACAUCAGAAUUCUUUCCUAAUCUGUCCCACAAAGCUGCAUCAUCCUCUCCCUACACUAAUAAGAGUUCAUGUGACUCCAGCUUAAAUAGAGGCUGGGUCACAUGCUGCACUGGCCAAUCACAGCCAUGCCAUUACUAGGCAUGGCUGUGAUGGCUUCUAAGGGCACACGAGUCAAACGUUUGUUGAUUGGCUGCCCUGCAGCUUUUCAAAACGCGCCAUUAAAUCGCCAAACACCAAACUCGAACCCGAACUGUUACUGAAAUGUCCGGGCUCGGGUUCAGGGUCAAAAAAUUGUAAUGUUCGCUCAUCUCUAUUUAUAAUGUUUGUUAUAUAAUGGGGUAAUUCGCAAUGCAUACUAAUGUUUUAUUUUUUACUUAUUUGAAUAGGUUUAAAAGACUGGGAAAAACGAUUAAUAAUAUCUGACCGAGCACACAUUGGUAAGUAAUUUGCGUAGAUGCAUAAUCAAGCUUGUGUUCAAUAAUAGUUAAAAUUUUAGACCAGAAAGCAAAAUAUGUCAAAAUUGCCACCUCUCUGCUUUCUUAGGCAUUUGGAUAAUUGAAUUUUGCCUGCUAUUGAGUUUUUGCCUCGGUGUAUUGAAAACGAUCCAUAAAAUAAUAUCAUCUACUUAGGGCCUUUUGUGCUGGGAUAAAAGAACAGUAAUUUGAUAUCCCUCCAUGAUUUUAAGAAGCAUUGAGCGUGCUCAGUACCAUCAUGCUUUUUAUGACGCCUAAUGUAAAGACCUUCGAACAUCAAAGGUCUUCAAUAAAGUAUUGUCUUUAGUGGCUGUCAUGGUUUAUGCAAAAGGUAAACAUUGCUAUAUUUUCUUAUUUUAUUCAAAAUAAUUUUUUGGGCUUUAGACAAAAUAUAGAGAACAAAGUGGGCCUUGGAAAUUACCAAACCAAACACCUUCAGUAGAGUUUGCCGUGUUAAAAAACAGUUUAAAACAAACAAGAAACCCAAGAAUAUUGCCUUUUCUUAGACAAAACGGGCAUUUAAUCGAGCUUUACCUGGGGUACUAUCCUCCUUCAGCCUUUAGGCAUUUACCUACUCAAUAAAUAGUUGCAUCAUCUGUGUUCUGUCUAAAUCAUGGGAGGUAUCGCAGAGUUUACAAAUUACAAGUGAAAGCAGAGAGAUUUAGCAGCAAUUUUAUUUAUCUAUUUAUUUAUUUUUUACAUUGAAGCUAAUUUAUUUCUCUUGUUUUAUGCUGAUCAUGUGCUACCGCGUAGUUUGCGAUUUUCAUCAGGCAGUUGAUGGCCUUCAAGAAGUUCAGCGUCAAGCACAAGAUGGGAAAAAGUAAUUAUCAAACAUCACCUUCUUCCUGUUAGUAAUAAUUUUUUUUUCAAUAGUUAGGGAGCUUAGUGAAAUUAUAUUUUGCAAACAUAAGAUGCCAUUUGUAUUGUCCAUCACUGUUAUAUUGGUGCAUAUGUUAUCUAAUUAACAGAGGCGUUACUCUGGAAUGUCAAAAUGUACAUAGUAACUAAAGCUUUUUGUGUAUAUAAAAUGUGAGCAUUAAGCCUUCGAUGACUGGAUCAUUGACUGAAAUAGUGGCAUUGUUAUUAUCUUGGCAAAUUAAUAUAUAUCUUAUACACAUAAUAUAUCUGUAUUUUUCUCUCUUCUUCACCAGCAUCGGUACUACAAAGAAAGGGAUUGGACCAACAUAUUCAUCAAAAGCAGCCCGCACAGGUCUACGCAUUUGUGAUCUUCUUGCAGACUUUGAUGAAUUUUCUUCAAGGUUAAUUGCUUUAAACAAAUUUGGUUUUCUUUAAUUUUUUUCUAUGUAUUUUUUAGUUUGUUGGCCAGUGUUCUCCUGAAAGCUUCAGCCUUCUAUAUUUAAUAUUUUAGUGUGGGCAUGAUGCUGACCAUUGUCAUUUUUCCAUCUACCGACCAUGAGUACUUGCACGAUUGUUAUUUUUCAUAUUUAUUUUUUUUACUCACCACCUUCCAGUUUAACUUCGAAAACCUGCACUAGCUAUGCAAAAAAAUUUCAAGUGAGAUGGUUCUUUUCAGCACAAAAAUGUGCUAUCAGCGCCCUCUGGUGGACAUCUAUCUAUUAUUGUGAUCUGUGUAUGACAAUUGAAGAUUAUACUAGCGUAGUGUACUAAUAAUCUUAAUUUAAAUAAUGUCAUUUUGCUAUAACUUUCUUUACUAACGCCAUAGCAGCAAAGAAAAAACAGGUGAAAUAAAGAACCAAUCAGAACACAGUCAGAGUGUAUAUAAGUGAGAGCAUAUCCAGAGCACUUCCUCUUGACAAAUGCGACAUUACAAGUCCAUAACCAAACGGAUAACUUCGUACGAAAAUCCAACUUUAAACAUGAAAAUGAUAAGGGAAAUUAAUUCCUCCCAGAGGUGCUGACAACUGGUUAAGCUGACGACGGGACCGCUAGAAUAAUCUUUAAUUUAACCUCAUGACAGGAGGCUUCAUAUUUAGCAAUUUUAACGCUUAGGAAGAAGAGAAAACGCAGUGUUAGACGACGGACGGAAGUAGAAUGUCCGAAACGUAGAUUCACGUGACCAGUCAGCCGCUUGUAAGAUAUCCGAAAGUGAAGCUCCUGCCAUAAAAGCCGACGAUGCCGCUGCUCCGCGAACGGGAUCGACAGAUAUGCGUCUUUGAGGUCUAGAUGUGAAAACCAGUCCCUUUCUUGUAGGAGGUCUCGAAGGAGGUGGAUUCCCUCCGUCUUGAAGUGAUGGUAUGUAACGUGUAUGUUUAGAUCCCUUAAAUUGAUCACUGGUCUGAAGUCACCGGUUUUCUUGCGAACGAGAAACAUGUUGCUGAAGAAGCCCCCUCGUCCAAGCGCAGGUUGGAUUGUGCCCUUCGUGCGCAAUUCGCAGAGUUCAAAUUUUAUGAGAUCAGCGUCCAUGGCGGAGUUGCACGGGGGCGAGGGGGUUGGUUCUGUAUAAAGAGCGUCUGAAGUUCGAUGUGAUAACCUUUGACGGUCUGUAACACCCAUGCAUCUGUGGACAGUUUUCCCAAUUCUGGAAAAAAAGAGAAAUAGGGCUGGCAGUAACGGUUAAAGUAGGCAUUUGUGACCUCCACAGCCUCUGUCCGUUCCCCGAUAGUAGGGGUAUUGUUGUCUUGUGCCCGCUUCCAGGUAGAAUUGUUGUGGGUGUCCCAUACAAGGGCCUGAUGGCCAAAAUCGGUUGGUGGCACGGCCACUUUGCUGACCAGCCUUGGAAGAAAACAAUCUGGUGAGGUUGCCUCUAAAGACCUUGCCUACACAUGGAGGUAUGGGCCCUUUUUAGAGAGGUGAACACGUUUACGUGCUUGUUUAAUUCCUUCAUGAAGACCUCUCCAAAAAAAAAGUUUUCCCUGUGCCAGUGGGCCUAGUUCUUUCGCCCCAAGAUCCACCAGUUUGGGGUCAAUGCGGAAGAGUGCUGCACGGCGCCACUUGGUUCGAGAGGGCCGCAUUGGUAUUGCCCAUAAAAUAAAACCCUCUUUGGAUCCAUUCUCUAAUGUCGUCCAUUCACGCACCAUAUCUGCAGUGAAAGAGUCUGCCCGGGCAUAUGCAUCAUCCGCCAGGUACAUUACAUGGGCCAGUGGCCACAUCGCGCCCAGGAGCUUAUCUUGUGCUUCCUUGAAGCUCCUUUCGACCCAGCCAGUUUGUACGCAAUCCACCAACCCUUAUGCACAGAAAAGGCACGAACGGGAAAAACCCGCGAUCAGUCCGUUCGUGCCUAAAUGCAAAAAUCAACAGAGUUCCCUGCCCGAAUGCACUGAAGUCAAUAUGCGAACGGCGUGGUAAAAUGAGGAAAGUGGCGAACAUAGCCCCCAGGGAGGGGGGAGUGGGGGGAAUAGGCUGCCUCAGGGAAGAGAGGGCCUGGGGAGAGAGGGGACAGAACCCCAAUCAGAGAAAUAAACAGCCCCACUAGAGAGGUGGAGAUAAAGGAUAUCCCCCUGUCACCCCCACAGGAAAAGAAAAUAGUAAUCACAUACAAUACGUACAGUUUUAAAACAGAGGCAUAGAAAAAGUACUCUGACCUGACUUGUGAUGGAGCAGCAAAGAAAGAGGAAGUGCUCUGGAUAUGCUUUCACUUAUAUACACUCUGACUGUGUUCUGAUUGGUUCUUUAUUUCACAUGUUUUUUCUUUGCUGCUAUGGAGUUAGUAAAGAAAGUUAAUGCAAAAUAGGAAGCCUCCUGUCAUGUGGUAAAAUUACAGUCUGUCAAUUCUUUUUUGCUCUCCAACUCUUUACAAAGCUUGACUAGGUAACUUUUCUCAAUGAAACUUGCCAUCAACUCAGUACAGUGAUUGUCCCUCAAACAAGGUUCUGUGUCUAGCGAUUUAGUAAAUUGUAUCUCUGCUUUUCAAAAAGUGUUUGGCCAAGAAGGAAUUAAUCAACUGCACUCAAGUUAUAGUAUAGUUAACCCCGAUCUCUUGCUGACUUUUAUGACCAUAAACUGGGAAUUCUAACUAGCAGUUAAAUUACAAUCCAUUAUUGGCAAUCUGAUUGAUGUUUUCGGAUUUUCCACUAAAAUCACAAAAUGGUUUUCAAUGUGAUCAUAUUCCAAAACGUCAAAGAUAAUUUUACUGUCGGUGAUGCCACUGAAGUCAGAAAAUGUUACCAAAUUAAAACCAGGUCAAACUUGUGAUAUACUUAUAAAAAAAGCUGGCGCCUUUACGGGCUUUUUGAUUACAUCACAGGUUGAAGAUUAGGGCAACCAAGUACAUGGUUCAUUAUCCUAGGGAGCAUAUGUGUCAUUGACAUAUUAUGUUCCAUGUAGACAUUACAGUGUGAUUCUUUAAGGUAAAUUACAGGCGAUUUAGGUAUUGUGCAGGUGCAUAUUUGUUAUAUUAUUAAAAUUCGCUAUGUUUUAUUGCAGUGCUUUUUUGUCCCUUAUUUGAACUAAAUGAUUAAAAAGGAAUUUUAGUUGACAGUAUUGCACAAGUCUGUGGAGCUAGUUGUAGUAUUUGUUUUGCUGAUGAACAAAUACAUAUAAACAGAUGAAGUUUUGGUAAAUGUAUAUGUUUUCAGUGACCUUUCAAGUGAUUUUAGGUAUUGAAAUUGCUAAGUGUCUGCUGGCCCAAUAAUGAGACCAGCUUAUUAUUUUUGUAUAAGUUUUUCAAAUGAUUUAAAAAAAUUUUUAAACUGUUACGAAUAUUUUUUAAAAAAAUAUAUAAAAAUACCAAAAAUACAUGAUUUCCCAAAAAAUAUUUUUGCAAUAGUAAAUAAUUUGAAAAAUUACAAAUAUUAAAUGGAGGCCAAUGUACAAAUAACUCUUUUUCAGAACGAUUGUGAUGGCAUAAACUUGUGGCUCGGAUCCUAUUUAACUGAUCCAAUAAUGGUCAAAGUGCUCUGGAAAUGUAUCGAAGUAGACAAAGUGUUUUUUGAUCGUUUAAUAUUAUUUACAGCUCGUUGCUAGCUGUUAACAUGUUGGUACAAAUUUCAUAUUGUUUGCAUGUAUUUCUAAUAACUAACCAGAUGCUCUGUGUAUGUUUGUGUUUAUAGAAAUUAUCUUUUAUAUCCAACAGAUUUAAAAAUCUGGCAUUACAGUAUCAAUCAAUGUUCCCAACCUUGGAGGUGGAUGUAGAAGGCCAGUUGAAGAAACUUAAGGUAAGGUAUAACCAUUUACAUUGUCACAAUUCCUUGUGAUGAGCAGAAUCUCGAUUAGUAUGUUUUCUGUAAAUUUUUUAAUUUUAAAACAGCAGUCCUCUUUUAUUAUUUCAGAUGUACUCUGACAAAAUCCGACCCAUGGUGCGUGAUGGAGUAUAUUAUAUGUAUGAGGCUCUUCAUGGCUCUCCAAAAAAGAUAUUGGUGGAAGGCGCGAAUGCAGCUUUACUUGACAUUGAUUUUGGUGAGUAAAAGAUCACAAAUAUUUAAAGCUUCUAUCACCUAGUGAUCAAGCUUUAAAAAUAAUUGGAAUUAAUUUUCUUUGAGACUAGUGCCGAUCAUUUAACUAUUUUUAAAAGCUAUUCAUUAUUUUUAUGUUUGUUAUGACAAUUUUAAGAUAUGUAUUGGAAAUAUAUACAAAGUUUGAUUAUUGGGAGCAUGCCUAUUGAUUGUCAGAUCUCCUGUGAGACAGAGUUUACAGGGACAUUCUAAGCAACACAACCACUGCAUAGGUCCCACCAGUUUUGUCAUACACCAAGGUCUCAUCAGCACCCAGAACACACCACGUCAGCCACUGAUGUUAUAAUGAGGACGUUUCAGUUCCUAAUUAUCCAAUCAAAUUAAUUGUGUUUGGACGCACUGGUUUCUUCAACACCCAAACUUGAAAACGGUUUGACAAAAGCUAGAGGGACAGCACCCAUAUCCUACUUGCUCCAUAAAAAUAAGCCACUAAAUUGUAUGGAUGUGGUGGUUGUUGUAUGUCUAUAUAAAGUAACUAUAAUCCUAUCACAACUGGGACUACUACUGCCUUCAUUUUCACAUCAUUUCCACUUCAGGUAUACCAUAAGGGUGCUACUUGAACCAUUUAAAACAUUGUGCAAAACCAAUAUACUUACUUAAAUUUAAAUGGGCUUCAUCAUCUUGAGAAUUAUGUAAAAGCUUUUAAAGACACCUAUGUUGGGAAUAAACAAUGGGGUUUAGUUACAGCAUGUGUUCAUACAUUGCAUAGGCCCACCACAACACCAAUGUCUUCUAAGUGGAUUCAUUUCAUGAGAGCAGGCAUUAGGUUGCUAAUGUUGGACCUGCCACAAAUGGGGUACAUUGGUGUUGUGGCAUUCUUAUGCAAUAUAUGAUCAUAUAAGUAUAUUGUAAAGCACUGCAGAAUAAGCUGGCUCUAUAUAAAUACCAAUAAUAAUAUUAAUAAUAUAACGUAACUAAACCCCCAUUAUUUUUGCCUAAGUCUUUAAAAGCUCAUAAAUAAUUCUGCAGAUAUUGAAGCUAGUUUGGAAUUGAGUGAUUGUGCUUAUUUUGCACAAUAUAUAUAUAUAUAUAUAUAUAUAUAUAUAUAUAUAUAAAAUAAAUACAAAAAGAAGGGAAGCUGGAAAAGGGAGACUCGAAAGAAGGGGUUAACCCUAUAAACUAGAAAUUAGAGAUGAGUGCCCUUAAAAUUUAACUUUUAUUGAUUAUCGUAGAAUAAAAUAAAGUAUUUUAAAAUGCUUAAUUAUAUGCUUCAGCGAUGAAUUCAAUUUCAGAGGUGAAUUAUAUUUUGGAAUGGGUCAUGACCUAAUAGGGUCAAAAAAACAGAUAUAGUCCAAAUGUCCAAACAGAUUCAACCUCGGAAAGAAAGUAAUACAAAAUAAAUAACUAGAUAUAUUGAAAAAAAUGACUAAAUAUGUUGAAGUCAAUAGAUGAGGUUCUGUUCAGAAGUUUUCAGAAACCUUCAUCAAGUAAUGUGUGCAAAACAGUGUUUUGCAAAUUCACAAAUGCUGUAGAGACUGUCUACUCGAUAUAAUAAACCUUAUAAAAGUUAAAUUUUAAGGGCACUCAUCUCUAUAUAUAUAUAUAUAAACCUCUAUUUUUUAUACAAUGCCCAACACUGACACAACUACUCCCGUUCUGAAUUUCCAAUAUGAUUAUAUUUUUGCCUACAGGAACCUACCCCUUUGUGACCUCCUCAAAUUGUACCGUUGGAGGUGUUUGUACUGGACUCGGGAUUCCCCCGCAGAACAUUGGAGAAAUAUAUGGAGUUGUUAAGGCAUAUACCACAAGAGUCGGUAUUGGAGCAUUUCCAACUGAGCAAAUAAAUGUUAGUACCUUUGGUAUCUGAUUUGCGGAGUCCCUAUACAUCUUCUGCUUUAGAACAAACUGAGACUUCAAGGAUAUGAUUUCAUUUGACAUACCUUACUUAUAAGAACUGGAUAGGAAGCAAGAACUUACAUUGGAUUUACUUGAUAGAUCUCCUGUUCUCCAUAGCUGAAAUCAACGGCAUUUCCAUUGAAAGGUUUUUUAUAGGAUGAGGUUAUCGUGUUAGAUUCAGCAGUGGUAGCUAGUCCAAAAUAUAUUUACACAGGGGACACACACUAUUGCCUACUUACAUCAUUAUAUCUUAGAAUUGAGACUUGGAGCUCACAGUCGUUUGUUUGUCCAUGCUUGUUGGUAACAGUGAUGUCCGUUCCAUUAUAAUAUCUUUUUAGUGUAAAGUCUAGGUUAUUUUUAAGCCUUUUGUUUUAUUUUCAGUGGGUUUUUUCCCAUUCUUCUUCUUUGUAUUUCAUAUUUGUUAAUUGUGUUGUCAUAUAAUUAAAGAGCAUGCAACAUUUAUCAUAAACUUUAUGUUAUACAUCCCACCAGGAAAUCGGCAAUCUUCUUCAAAACCGUGGCCAUGAAUGGGGGGUAACUACAGGUCGGAAGAGGCGAUGUGGUUGGUUGGACCUGGUCAUUUUAAGAUAUGCUCAUAUGAUAAAUGGUUUUACUGCGUAAGUGUUGUAUUUGUCAUUUUUUAUUUUUUUUAAUUCAUGAACAUUUUUCAAUUAUUUAAAUACAUAGAUAUAAACCAUGUCACAACUAGAUCACAAUGAAGCAGUGGAGUUUCUUGGGGGAAAUACAAAGUAUAUGGUAUGGCCAUUGCUAACAUAUAUUAGCCAAAGUUAGGAAUAAAAAAUUCUUUAGUAUUCUUGACAUGUUUUUAAUUCCUUCACUAGCCACUGUAUUUCCAUUCACCUACAGGUUUAUACACCUUUUUAUGUUUUGCAUUUACUGUACCUAGAUAGUCAGUCUCACAGGUAACACCAUAACUCAACAGAGCUAUUCCUUACCAAGAUAUGUAACCUAUAAUCACAAAUAGUUUUAACUUAUAAUUUGACUUAUUGACCCUUUUGGCAAAGAGAGAGAAAUUGUCACAAUACCUGUGCCUCCGCUAAAUCACUGCUUUAAUACCUCAUGUUCUGGCGGCAGUUUUGAUAGUGAAUGCUGCCCUUCCACGUCCUUUUAUGACACUGUGGAUGCCUGCAUCAAUUUUUUUUUAUGAGAGCUCUUGCGUCAUACUUGCAACAGCACAUUUACACAGUUUGACAUUGCAGUUAUGUUUAUUUGAGGCUUUAUUUCUCCAUUAUAAAAACCCUUUCCACAAACAGUACUUUGCCUGCCGUAAUUUCUCUUAGGAGUCCAACAGCGUGUUCUUGUUAGAAGCUCCUUGGUAUUUUGACCCGGCUAGGUUAUUGACCCUUGUUCAACUGUUUUCCCUCCUCCCGGCUAGUUAUACGGAUUUUUUUCUUCGCUUACUUCUGGCUUCUUACCUUUCUAUAAAUUUAACAUUUUCAUUUCUAUGUGACUACAGGUAGUGCAUAGCUGGACAUUGCAUUUCACCAUAACUCUUACCCCAUGAGAUAUGGUCCAGUAUGAAGCACUGUGUCUUGUAUGAGUACCAUUCUCUAACAUGAAAUCUCAAAUAACAAUAUAAAAAUAUCCAAGAGCUUUAAAUUUAAACAACCUCAUACAAGGGUUUGAUUUCUAAAUCUCUCUCCCUUUUACUUUACCGGUAUAUAAAGGAAUUUGCAACCUUUGUUCUCAAGAUGAGAAUUAUGUCAUCCAUCAACAGUUGGUUGACUGCGGUCUGAAAACUCUUGCUUUAUAUAGAUCUUUUGGAAUUUUUUUGAACGUCAAAUACAUGCACACAUUUUGUAGUAAUUCACAUUAUUUGCUUUCUAGAUUGGCGUUAACAAAACUGGAUAUUUUGGACGUCCUAGAUGAAAUUAAAGUGGGUGUUGCAUACAGACUUAAUGGAAAGAGAAUCCCGUAUUUUCCAGGUUUGGUCAAAAUUAGAAUUGCAGUUUUUAUAUCAUUUUAGGAGUGAUUUCUGCUGACAGACGUGAUGUCAAAAUGGCAAAAUACUGGUAGAGGGCCACAAAAAGAGAGGAAAUAAUAUACUUCUCUUGGUACAUGCAGGUGGAAUAGUUUGCUGAACAUCCUUUGGUUUAUGGGGUCCUUUGGCUAAUAGGGGUUCUGGCGCAUCACUGCCACUAUCCACUACAGUGUACGGAAUGAUGGGAUAAAGAAAAUGGAAGCCAACGUUCUAUUGUUAAAUAGUUUAACACUCUCUCUUUACAGAUAUGCAUCGUGCCUAGAGCAAUAGAACAGGAGAUAACCUCUAAAUGGGAAUAAUUAAUAGAAAGGGAUCAAGGGGUGAAACAAAAUUAAUCAACAUUUAUUAAAGAAAGCUAAAAUGACAUAAAACCUUACACCUUCAUAUGUGACCAGAAACGAUAGUCUGGUAAAAAUAUCUAGCAAACAUGAAGAUCUUUACUAUCAUUAUUUUUUAUAUAUUUUUUAUCUUUGCUUUCUAAUGGUCUGUUUCACAGCAAACCAAGAAAUUCUACAAAAAGUAGAAGUGGAAUAUGAGGUUAUGCCGGGCUGGAAAAGUGAUACAACCGGUGCCAGAAAAUGGGAAGAGCUCCCAACAAAAGCCCAGAAUUACAUCAGAUUUGUGGAGAACCACAUUGGUGUCCCAGGUAUGCCUGACAUGGGUUAAUAAGUACUUUAAUAUAUUAUAAGCAACAGUAACGUUAACAAUGUUUUCAUACCAAACGGUAGACAUGUUGUGUCUGGCUUGUAUUAAUGGAUGAAACCUUUCUAUUUCCAGUCAAUACUCUCUCUCUCUUAAUAUAUAUAUAAUCUAUUAAUAACUAAUGCUUUGUUUCUUUGUGCAGUUAAAUGGGUUGGAGUCGGAAAAUCCAGAGAAUCUAUGAUCGAACUAUUUUAAAGUCUAGAACAUCGAACAAAGUCCUCUUUUCUGCUAUCGUCAACAAGGCGUUAGAAAGUUGGGUGUACUACACAAUAUACAAAUUUUACUGUGUGAAUGAUUUUUCACUUUGUUACUGUUUGUGUUACAGGAAAUUGCAAUCUAGAAUGGUACAAAAUAAAUCCGGUUUGAAAUAAAAACGUCUCUGUUUACCUUUUGCGCAUUUGGGGGGAAAAAAAAAAAUCCGUUACGGAAACAUUUGCUUAGAUUAGCCUGAUUAAAG